AUGUCUCGGCGCUUGAGCGAGAUCGUCACUAGCGGCCUACGUGCCCUCAGUAUCUCGAGCUGUUGCGAUGGCCAGUCAGACUCUUCUAGUGAGGGUGGUAGCCCGGGACCACAAGACCCAGCAGCCCAGUCCCACCCCAUAGAACUAACUACUGUUUCUGCUACUCAGCAGGAAUUCUCUCAGAAUCAACCCCAGACACAUUCUCCAGCUAUUCCUCCCAAGCCAAUAGCAGCCCAUUCUACCACUCAGCAGGGGGGUGUUGAACAGGAAGGUAAGGCAUCCGUGGGUUCUUCUGAGCAAGCAUCGUUUCACACAGCAGCCUGCUCACCCGCAAUGAAUCCCGAUACAAAUCCGGAGGUGUGUAGCGCUGCGUUGUCAAGCUACAAAUACGGUAAGUUCCAGCGGGAUGGCGAGAGACGGAGGCAGUGGAUUGAGGAUCCCGACGACACAAGCUGCACCAUUCUGAGCUCUCAGUUAACAUUUGGCAAUAUUCAAGCUGAUUAUACACCCGGUGAUCCUGGUUAUGAAAAUGUCCCUGGCGCUCUUUAUGAUCAAGUGGUUGAGCUAGGUCUCCCUGAUGAAUUCAGCAAUCCGGUUGAACGAUCCGUCUACCGCAAAUGGGCUCUCGAUGAAGACAAUAUGAGAUGGGAUGGCCUCAUGUGGAAUAACAUGAUUGUUCUCAUAGAUAUCGAGAGGGUAAAGGGUUCCGAUGCACCUCAAAUCUCUGAGGUUACUCUGGCUUUGUUUAAGCAUCUUUUUGACAUCAAUGACCUUCGGUAUGUCUUUGUGUACAUGGUUAUCAACCCGGAGACGUUGAGAUUUAUCCAAACUCAACUUUAUAGUGAAGAUAAGGGUCUUAGAUGGGCAGUUUCCCAAUCUGAUGUUGAUCUCGAAGAUCCUGAGACAUGGGAGCAUGGAACACCUGAGUAUGAUGCUUUACUUGGCACAAGGAUUGGAAAAUUGAUCUCAUAUAUCGUUAUUGGCGGUUUCGAGAGGGGCUCCUUUAGAAUUGCUCGAGUUGCGAUUUGGCCUUCUUGGCUUCUGGGCCCUCGGGUCCAAAUGCGAUUUGACAUUGAGCCGGUUUCUAUUUAG